GUUGUUCCGAUAUGGCGACCACGACCCCCACUGAACAUGACCUGACGAAUGUGAUCAAGAGCGUGACGGAGCAGAACCCGACCUUCGGCUCCAAGCGCAUCCUGGCGGCGGUCAAGGUGUCCCAUGCCGACUGGAUCGUGGGUGAAAAGCGAAUUGCCAAGCUGCUCAAGAAGCUCAACUUGGGCCAACCCCACAACGACACUCCGCUCUCGGACAACCAGUCGUCCGACGACGACCACACCCACAGCGACAGCAACUCCCCCGUCGUGACUCAAAAGAAGGAGGUUGAAGAGUCCCCUGAAACCCAAGAAACAAACCCUGCUGCCCCCGUUUCCAAAGUUGAUGCUCCCAGUGUUGAAGUUGCUUCCCCCGUCGUCGAAGUUUCUGCUCCCGUCGUCGAAGUUUCUGCUCCCGUCGUCGAAGUUGCUGCCCCCGUCGUCGAAGUUUCUGCCCCCGUCGUCGAAGUUUCUGCUCCCGUCGUCGAAGUUUCUGCUCCCGUCGUCGAAGUUUCUGCUCCCGUCGUCGAAGUUUCUGCUCCCGUCGUCGAAGUUGCUGCUCCCGUUGCCGAAGUUUCUGCUCCCAGUGUUGAAGUUUCUGCUCCCGUUGCCGAAGUUGCUUCCCCCGUCGUCGAAGUUGCUGCUCCCGUUGCCGAAGUUGCGAGUCCUGUAGUCGAAGUUUCUGCUCCCAUCGUCGAAGUUGCUGCUCCCGUUGCCGAAGUUGGGGCCCCUAUUGUGGAAGUUGCUGCUCCCGUUGUGGUUGAAGCUGUAGCUACAGUGGAAGUCGCCGCCCCUGUCGUUGAGCCUGCUGUAGAAGUUGCUGCCCCGACUGUUUCUGCUCCUGCUGUGGUGGAAACGCCAGUGGAAGUGAAGGAGGCUGCCGAGCAAUUGGUUACGUCCGUGACCACUGAAGCAGUAGCGUCUGUGGUGGCCAAGGCGAGCGUUGCUGAGGUAGUUUCUGACGAAGUUCAAGCUGAACCCAAGCCUGAAGUCGCUGCUGUUGUGGCGGAAGCCCCUGUGGUGGAUGAAAAGAAACCAGUCGCCUCCCCUGCAUUGGACCGUGCUGCGGAAGCUCAAAGCGGUUGCAAGUGUGUCAUUAUGUAGAUGUGAGAUUAAUAUGUAGAUUUGCACAAGCGAUUUCUCGACAACCAAAUGGAAUAUAUGGUGCAUUU